UUUGCCGUUCUGAUCAUCAUGAGAAUUAGCAGUGUGAAGAGUUUGUUUCCAGUCUUGUCUUUUGCUGUGGUGUUUCUCUAUAUGAGUUCUUUCAAGUGGGAAAUCCAAACUCAAGAGAAGCAGCUUCACCAAGUCCAGCAGAAUUUCUCGUUACACAGCGCACUUCUCCUCAACAAGCUGGACAAACUGGAGGCUCAUUUAUACGCUGUUGAAGAGAAAAGCCUCAAAAUAAGAACUGAGAAGAAACCAGUAAAGAAGCCAACAAAGAACCUGUUUCCAAACUCUGAUCUCUUCAAGAAAUGGACUGUGGAACUUACUGAGGACGACCAGAGGAAGGCUCAGGAUCUCUUUCAGAAAUACGGCUAUAAUGCCUUCCUCAGUGACCAGAUGCCUCUGGACCGGGAGCUGCCGGACACUCUAGACCACAGAUGCAUUGGCCGUGAAUAUCCGCACAAUCUGCCCACCAUCAGUGUGGUACUGAUUUAUCUGGAUGAGGCUCUGUCUGUCAUUCAAAGAGCCGUUUGCAGCAUCAUCAACAGAACUCCAGCCCACCUGCUCAAAGAUAUCAUACUGGUGGACGACCACAGCAGAAAUGAAGAGCUGAAGACACAGCUGAAUGUUUAUGUUGGCUCCAUCAAUGAGAAGCACCCAGGCCUGGUGAAGAUGGUGAUCCAUCCAGAGCAGAAAGGCCUGUCCCAGGCCAGAAUCUCAGGCUGGGAGGCUGCCACCGGAGAUGUGGUUGCCAUCUUGGACGCCCAUAUUGAGGUCCAUGUCAAAUGGGCGGAGCCUCUGCUUGCACGUAUCCAGGCUGAUCGCACGCUGGUCCUGAGCCCAGUGUUUGACAGAGUGAAUUGCUAUGACUUGGAAGUGAUAAACAAUCCUGCCUCUGCUCAUGGUUUUGAUUGGUCUCUCUGGUGCAUGUACGUGGCUUUCCCACAGAAGUGGUACGAUCAAAAAGACCCUUCACAGCCAGGAAAGAGUCCCUCUGUAAUGGGAAUACUUGUGGUUGAUCGUCUGUUCUUCGGUGAGAUUGGGACUCUGGAUGGAGGGAUGCAGGUGUACGGAGGAGAGAAUGUUGAAUUAGGAAUACGGGUGUGGCUGUGUGGAGGAAGUAUAGAGAUUGUUCCCUGCUCUAAAGUUGCCCACAUUGAAAGGGCGCACAAACCCUACAUGUCUGACCUUAGUGGUGUAAUGAAGAGAAAUGCCCUCAGAGUGGCAGAAGUUUGGAUGGACGAAUACAAGAAAAAUGUCCACAUCGCCUGGGGUGUCCCCGUACAGAACCAUGGGAUAGACAUCGGUGAUGUUUCAGAGAGAAAGAGACUGAGAGAGAGGCUGAAAUGCAAACCAUUCAAAUGGUAUCUGGAAAAUGUCUAUACGGCAUUACAUCCUAGGAAUGAUUUACUUGGUUAUGGAGUGCUUAUUAAUGAUCUGCAAACAAGUUUAUGUUUGGAUAAGGGAUCAUCUGAGGAGAACACUCCCAUUUUAUAUCCAUGUCAUGUCUAUUCCUCCCAGGUAUUUUACUAUACAGCAAGUGGUGAGAUAUUUGCUUAUCCCCUGCCGACCCUUUUACACGGUCGGAAGCGCUGUCUAAUUGAUCCCGGCUUAGGCAGGUUUCCAGAGCUGUCCUGGUGUUCAGACACUGAAAAACAAAAACACAUGUACUGGGACUUCAAACAGGGACAGGCCAUACAGAACCGAGACACCAAACGCUGUCUGGAGAUCAGUGCUGAGCAGAACGUACACAACGUUUUUAUUCAGGAAUGCAGAAACCAGCACUGGAGGAUAAAACAAGUAAUUCAGGAUUUUUGAAACGCAACAUAUAAUCAAUUUAGAUAAACGCAGCUGACAUGUUGGAGCACAUUGGAGA